AUAAUAUUGUUGCAAUAAAGAAUUAGUUAUCAGAUUAUAAAAUGAGAGAGGAUAAGAACUGUUUGAAGAGGAUUUUUUGGCUCGCUAUAAUAUGCUCGGUUCUCCUAGACCUAGAGCUAGUGGAGGGUAUAGAUACUGAGGAAUCUCCUAGGUUUCCUUACUCAUACAGUUACAAUGUGGCGGAUCCAAAAACAUUCAACAAUUUCGAGGUUUCCGAGAAAGGUGAUCCGGAUGAGGUGACUGGAGGGUAUAGAGUAGAUCUACCCGAUGGACGAACUCAGAUCGUUACAUACAGAGUAGACCCGGAGAAUGGUUACCAGGCUGAGGUUAGAUACGAGGGAGAGGCUCAAUAUCCAGACCAACCAGGAUACAAAGCAAGUCCCUACGGACCCCCUGAACCAUCUCGGGAAGUGGAUGCUCUAAAAACAAAACGUCAGCUGUCAAAAAAUAAAUCGAACCGUUUUCCUAAACGACUAAAUUUGGGGGAAGUUAUUAGAGAAAGAGAGGAUUUUCAUGAUCUAUUUGCAGAACCUAGUACCAUAGAUGUAGAUAGACCUGAGAGAACUAUAACAUUAAACGAAGAAAAGGAGCCAAGUCCUGAGCCGGAACCAUCUUUUUCCAGUUCAGCAACAAACUUUGCUCAUCAAGGUAGAACCAAACCUAAUCAGGUACAAGAAGUGAGGUUGGGGCCCGGGCACAGUGCCGACUCUUCCAUUCUUCCUUUAAAUAUUCCCAAACCGAUUCUUCAUCUAUUUGAAGGUUCUGAACCAAACUCCAAUAACAACAAUCCCGGUCCUGAACCUUUUUUAAUAGAGCCUAAACAUGAGAUAAGUGGGGUCGUUGAUUGGAGGAACUGUAAUAAUCUUGACUCUUGUCUCGACUCUUUACAAAUAAUUACUGAGGAUAGGCAGAGAACUGAAACUGCUGAACCAAAUGUAAAGCAACUAAGCUCUUCUCAAAUCGAAGACUUCUCAGACCUGGAGGAAACUAUCUACAGCGAACCUUUACCCGAACCUGAACCAGAAGUAGAAAGUAAGUUGAAGAAACCUGAUAGUUCAUCCAUUAUCUCGGAGAUUUAUAAUCUUCCGUCCCCCCUUGAAAAUCAUCUCACUCCUACGGAAGAAAAAUCCAGUAUCUAUGAGAGACAAAGGAAAAGAAAUAUCGCAACCAACCAACACAAACCAGGUUCCAGUAGGUUCGCUUCUGAUCUUCCCCCUGUAGCAGAUGUUAACUUCAAGAAUCAAGAUCAGGAAAGUACAACAGCUCCAAGGUUUGUUGCUCAUUUUGAUAAAAUUUUAAGCCUCGGUUCAGAUAAUCUGAAACCUGUACCGUUUCAAAAUGACAAUAUUAACCCUUAUGAAUAUCCGACAAAUUUGGAUCCAGACUUCUUAGUUCAAGAUUUACCAGAACCUACCGAACACACGAAUAUACUUGAACCUCUCAAGCAUAUUAAUCCUGAACUAAACCAAGAUUAUUCUCCGGAUCCUGAUCUUGGCAACUAUGAUUCAGAUUCAACUGAUAUUGAAUAUUAUGCAGACUACAACCUUUUCCCGUUCGGAGCUCGGCUAACUUCUAUUAUCAAACCAAACAUUAACUUUAUCCAGGAGACAAGAGAGAAGGCGGAUAUUCCUACUAGUAGGAUACCAGGACUAGAGAUUACUACUCCGUCAUGGAGAGGAUCACUUGAACCGACCAUUACUCCGGUUCAAAGGAACUCCAGGGUUCGUCUUGUCUCAAAUGGAAAAACUUUUAUUCCUGAAUAUUCUCCGUCGUUCUAAUUUUUUAUCCAACUUAGUUCAAUUCCAAUAGUUUUAUUUUUCAAUGAAACUUGUUCGUCCAAAGUGACUUCUAGACAUCAAAGAAACAGUUGCUGUUUAACAUGUUUUCUUCUAAUAAAUGAUUAUUUGUUUUGUCA